CGACAGAGGUUUGCUUCACCUUGACGCUGACUCUACCAAACACCUACUCACUCUCAACCAUGCUUCCUCGCUCGCCGCUCUUGAAGCGGUCUCUGCGGCUCUCGAAGCCCACGGCUUCUGCUUCGGCGCGCCUGCUCGCGACCCACACCUCACUGCCCGCCUCCGACUUGCCACAGUCCUUCAUCGAGAAGAUCGUGCAGAAGUAUGCAGUCGACCUCAACCCUGGCCAGAAGGUCCAGGCCGGCGACUACCUCAGCGUGAGACCGCAGCAGGUCAUGACUCACGACAACACUGGUCCCUGCAUUUCAAAGUUCCGCUCGAUUGGCGCGACAAAGAUCUACAAUCCUUCUCAAGUCGUCUUUGCCCUCGAUCACGAUGUGCAGAACAAAUCGGAAGCCAACCUGAAGAAGUACUCUCGCAUUGAGUCCUUUGCUCGCGAGCAAGGCAUCGACUUCUACCCUGCAGGAAGGGGUAUCGGCCACCAGGUCAUGAUUGAGGAGGGCUAUGCCUUCCCUCAGACAUUAGCCGUGGCAUCCGACUCUCACAGCAACAUGUACGGAGGCGUGGGAUGCGUUGGUACACCAGUCGUGAGGACAGACGCCGCUGCUAUCUGGGCUACGGGUCAGACAUGGUGGCAGAUCCCAGAGGUGGUCAAGGUUGAGCUCUCGGGUGACCUACCCAAAGGGGUGACCGGCAAGGACGUCAUCGUUGCGCUCUGCGGAUACUUCAACGAGGAUCAAGUGCUCAAUGCAGCUAUCGAAUUCACCGGCUCCGGAGUCUCGAAGCUCUCCGUAGACGAGCGUCUGGCGAUCUCAAAUAUGACGACGGAAUGGGGAGCUCUCGCCGGAGUGUUCGCGGUGGACGACGUGACCCUCUCCUGGUACGAGCGCCACAUCCGAAAGCUGGACAAGCUGAAUUUCCAGAUGGGCAGCUCUCCCUCUCACACAGACAACCAUCCUCGUCUGAACAUGCAACGCCUCGAUGACUUAUCAAAGAACCUGAUCAGGCCGGAUCAGGAUGCGUACUACUCCAAGCAUCUCAAACUUGACCUUUCCACUCUCGCUCCUCACGUAUCAGGCCCCAACUCGGUCAAGAUCUCGACGCCGCUCUCCGAGCUGAGCCAACAGAAUGUCAAGAUCCACAAGGCGUACCUCGUCUCUUGUGUCAACUCGCGAGCUUCGGAUCUGAAGGCCGCUGCCGAUGUGAUCAAGGGAAAGAAGAUUGCGCCAGGUGUGGAAUUUUACAUUGCAGCUGCAUCUUCAGUUGUCCAGCGCGAGUCAGAGGAGGCUGGUGACUGGGGCACCCUCCUUGCCGCUGGAGCCAAGCCUCUACCGGCAGGCUGUGGUCCCUGCAUCGGCCUGGGUGUCGGUCUGCUCGAAGACGGUGAAGUGGGCAUCUCCGCUACCAAUCGAAACUAUAAGGGUCGAAUGGGAUCGCCAAAGGCUCUUGCCUACCUGGCUAGUCCUGCCGUUGUAGCAGCCUCUGCUGUGGCAGGAAAGAUUUGCGGUCCUAGUGAGCUGGAUCCCGCAUCUCUUCCCGCAGGAGACGCUCUUCAAUUCUCGUACCAGGCGAACAAGGCUGCCGAAGCCGCUUCUGCCUCUCCUGCUGCUAGCCCAGAGGAGUCUGCAGGUGGUGAAUCGCUUCUUCCCGGCUUCCCCUCCUCUUUCAAGGGCCCACUGAUCUUUGCCCCUCAAGACAACCUGAAUACGGAUGGUAUCUACCCUGGAAAGUACACAUACCAAGAUGACAUCACACCCGAGAAGCAGGCCCAAGUGGUCAUGGAGAAUUACGAUCCCGACUUUGCCAAGCAAGUCGCCUCGCUCAACUCCUCUGCUGCGCCUGCCUCUGCAAGCAGUGAAGCCAAUGCUCCACGCCAGGGCGUGAUCCUCCUCGCUGGCUACAACUUUGGCACGGGUUCUUCUCGUGAGCAAGCCGCCACCGCCCUCAAGUACUCUGGUGUCCCCUUGGUGCUAGCGGGCUCUUUCGGAGACAUCUUCAAGCGAAAUGCCAUCAACAACGGUCUCGUCUGUCUGGAAUGCCCACAGCUCGUCGAAGACCUCACCGCCAGUCAUGCGCGGGACGGUCAGAGGGGUAAUGGCGGUAAAGGUCAAGGGGAGAUUUCCGUCUUGCUCAAGGGCUGGGAGAUGGAAGUGGAUACCAGGAGGGGAGAAGUAGUCAUUAAGAUGGAGGGUGGUGGAGAGAAGAGGUACGUCACUAGACCUGCUGGUGUGGGCAAGGCGGUGCAGGAUAUCUGGACAGCGGGGGGAAUGGAGCAGUGGGUCAAGAGGAGGAUAGAAGGCUCUUCUGCCUCGGCCUGAGGGUGAAGGGUGGAGAGUGGAGACUGGUCGGAGACAGGUGGCGUCCGUGUUUCCCUUGCAAAAAUUGUAUCAUCAUCAGCUUCUUGUCCAUCUCGGAGUGAGCAGACAGGGCAAGCAGCAUUGCAUCAACGAGGACCAAGGAGGGACCAUGCCGGCAGAAUCGCUCGAUCGAG